AUGCGACGGCAGGAAUGCCCGAAUUCAUCCCGCCACCACAUGGAAGAUCUCAAUUCCAUUACCGCCGCAGCCUACUUCGUCACAAGCACCGCAAAUAAAUCUUCCGUCAAAGCUCCAGCUCACCCCGCGGAUGGCCCCACCAUUAUUACUAGACACGGUGCGUCGACAAAUCCAAUCCGAUGUAUCCCAGAGGGAGAUAAGGGCGUCGCUGCCGCCGACGGCGAGAUAGCGUCCAGUAGGUGCGAGGGCAAUGGAAAGGCAGGCGGAUGUGUGAGCAUUAAGGGUGUGGAGGACGUCGAAGGAUGGGUAGGAUAA